GUUCACUCCAGUGUAAGGAAGAUAGAGGUCCCGGUGCAUUCACUCGUUUUCAUUGUAACGAGCCCCACGAACAGUUCUCCCACCUCCAGAUCUGAAGCUUUGCGCUAUGAGACUCCUCCCCCUCAUCCUCUCUGCCGCAUCCUUGGUGGCUUUGACGUUCGCGCAGGGCAUCGAUAUCGGUGCGCCCCUUGCAGGCAGCGCCAUUCUACCGGGACAGAAUCUCACUGUUGAGGUCGAUCGUCCGAACUCACUCACCGGCUCCGAGGAAGUCGCCAUCGUAAUCUCGAUCGUCCCGUGUGAGACCUCGACCUGCAACUCGCCCACGGAGGACAUCAGCACGAACCUCGGGCCCCUCGGGGUCAUCCUUUACAAUGGACCCUACAACCCGCAAUACGACAGUGUCUCACCGCCGGACCACAAGCCGCCCCACCAGAACUUCACCGUACAGGUUCCGAGCUGGUACAGGAGCGGCGACAGUGUCGCGUUGGCUGUGACGCACAUCAGUCUUGUCUCCGCUGGACCUUGGGUGUUGCUGGAGUUCAAGAACGUGUCCUUGGUUGUUGACUAGGAGUGGAUUUGUAUGACGCGGUUUUACAUCAUUGCGUCACGGACCUGAUGGACUCCGGCUUGCACGAAUCGCUCUAUUUCCAUUUCCUCUGCCAUCAUGUUGCAUACUUGAUAACAUGGCAAGUGUCCAGAUCGUCAACGACGAAGGAGCUACGGAACA